AUGGUGUACUAUGUUCGAUUCCUGAAAACACCCAGGAUCCAGCAGCAGAAAGGGUCCCCCUACCUCUCCGCCCUUAUCUGCAUCACCACUGAUCUAGGCGAUUCUUUUUUCGCCGAAGAUGUUGAUUUGAAGGUGAUAGUCCGCAACCAUUCUUCUCAUGUUUUGAUUGAGAAAAAAGCGAAAUGGAACGCCAGUGAUCGAGAACUUGCUAUUACCCUGGGACCUCUCCCAUCCAAUCUGGUUCAGCAGUCUAUGGUGUUGACGGUUCAAGUGCCAAACCCACCAGGGUACUCUAUACCCCAGUAUCCCCCCAUACCAUUAGUGGUUGGCGCAACAAGUGCCUCAUUUGGGCCUCAGUCCACUCCAGCGGAGAAGCUGGUUCAACGGCAGAUCCAAUAUAGUGGCCGUGAAAAAGUUCCCAUACAAAUAUGGGAAGAGACAGGGAAUAGCAUUGCUCGGCACAUAUGGGAUGCGGGGCUCGCAACAGUUACAUAUCUUCACAUGAUAUGUGAUAAUGUAAAGAAGUCGGCCCGUAAUGACAGCAAGAAAGGCACUGAGCCUCAAAUACCAGCUUUGGAACGUGUCCUAUCCAUCAACCGCGAUGAGCCUCUUCAGGUAGUUGAGCUGGGGGCCGGAUGUGGAAUAGUAGGAAUUUCAUUGGCAACAAUGCUUCCUAACUGUUCGGUCAUCCUCACGGACCUCCCAGAGGUUGAGGACAUAGUAACACGCAAUAUUAAUGCCACCCAACUCGCAACUAUGUCCAGUCUUCACUAUCAAAACCUUGACUGGGAUGACCCACCGGAUGAGCUUUGCUCCCGACCCAUUGAGCUCAUUCUUGUCUCCGAUUGUACAUACAAUGCAGACAGCUUGCCAGCGCUAGUCUCUACACUCGAUCGAUUGGUUCGGACCUCCCCGCUGGCAAUUAUCUUGGUGGCUUUGAAGAGACGCCAUGACAGCGAAACGGUAUUUUUUGACUUGAUGACGUCGGCGGGUUUUACGGCGGUGCAGGACAGCAUUGAAAUUCCCUCUCAAUACGACGAGGUGGACGAGAUUGAGUUUUACUGCUACAGUCGACUGACUGGGGGAAGAUAG